GGCGUAAUCCGAAACCUUGCAUUCCUCCGACCCAGCCUAGUUGAAACGUGAGAGGCAGCUGAACCCCUCUCCUCCUCCUUAGCAUCAUUGCUUAAACAACCAAAGUUGUGAACCUGGAAAUAUCAGUUCAUUACCAAAAUGCAAGCGCCAUUCUGCCGCGACUGCAUCUCAGGGGACCUGCGUAUCAGCGAGGUCACCCUUCGAGGCACCGAGAAAGUCAUCCACGGCCUGCCCACGUACGUAGUGCAACCGCCGCCCGGUAUCGCGCCUACGGGAAUAGUCGUCAUCGUCUCGGACGCUUUCGGCUGGAAGCUGCCCAACACCCGCGCCCUCGCCGAUGCCUAUGCCAGCCGCGUCCCAUGCACGGUCUAUUUGCCUGAUUUCAUGGACGGCCAUGCACUCCCAAUAUACCUGAUGCACCUCCUGGACUCGGAAGCACCGAACCAUACGGCCCAAGUCCCCCUUCCCUUCCGACUUCUGAAGCAAGCGUGGGCUUUAGUAUGUGGUGCAGCUCACCUGCUUCGUUUCGCAUACUUCAACCGUCAAAGUGUGACGGGACCGCGCAGCCAUGCCUUUAUGCGCGCGGUGCGCACUACACCUGGACCUUCGGGCCAGAAAAACAGCAGUCUCCCGCCAAAGGUUGGCGUGGCAGGUUUCUGCUGGGGCGGCCUGUACACCGUGCUGUGGACGCACGACACGCCGCCUAAGAAGGUCGUCAUUCCUAGCAAGACUGCUGCUCGUCGUCGUGGUCGUCGUGGGGAUAGAAGUGGAGCUGGCACAGAGUAUCCGCUUGUCGACUGCGCUUUUACGGCUCAUCCGAGCAUGCUCAAGAUCCCCGAGCAGAUCGAAAUGGUAGUGCAGCCUCUUGGUGUUGCGAACGGAGAUAAUGAUCAGUGGAUGGGUGAGGCCAAGAUGAAACAGCUGGUGGCCAUCUUGCAGUCUAAGAAUGAAGCUGCUGGAAGGGAGGUCUACGACGCCGUGGUGUACGAAGGAGCGAAGCAUGGGUUUGCCACACGCGCGGAUAGGGACGAUCCGAAGCAGCUGGAGAUCGGGGAUAAGUGUGAAGACCAGGCGGUGAGAUGGUUCAAGCGGCAUUUUGAGAGCUAAUUUGUUUGUACUGAAGGGAGUGUCUACGACU